ACAAACUUCUUUCUCAUUCAACAAUGGAGGUUGUUCCUCACUCACUACUAUAUAUUAGCAGCCAUGCUCCUUCACAUGUAGUAUAAAUACUCUACUAAACGCAAAUUUAACACCAACCCACAUUUCCAUUUUUGUAGAUCUAAAUCCCCAAAUUCCAUUCUUUGGAAUUAACGCCCUCAAUUUUUUUUCGCCAUGGCUGAACAAUCAAAGAAAUGGAUUCUUAUGGUGACUGCUCAAACACCCACAAACAUAGCAGUGAUUAAAUAUUGGGGAAAAAGAGAUGAAAAUCUUAUUCUUGCUAUUAAUGAUAGUAUUAGUGUUACCCUUGAUCCUGCUCAUCUUUGUACCACAACCACUGUUGCUGUUAGCCCUUCUUUCCAACAAGAUCGCAUGUGGCUAAACAAAAAGGAAAUAUCUCUUGAUGGAGCCAGAUACCAAAAUUGUCUAAGAGAAAUUCGAGCUCGUGCUAAUGAUUACGAGGAUGAGAAGAAGGGUAUCAAGAUCAGUAAAAAUGAUUGGCAGAACUUGCAUGUGCAUAUUGAUUCUUACAAUAAUUUUCCUACUGCUGCUGGUCUGGCUUCCUCAGCUGCUGGUUUUGCCUGCCUCGUCUUUUCCCUUGCGAAGUUAAUGAAUGUGCAAGAGGACAAUGGGAGACUUUCUGCCAUAGCAAGGCAAGGUUCAGGAAGUGCUUGUCGAAGCUUGUUUGGAGGAUUUGUCAAGUGGGUCAUGGGAAAGGAGGAAGAUGGUAGCGAUAGCAUUGCUGUUCCACUCGUAGACGAGAAACACUGGGAUGAGCUUGUUAUCAUCAUUGCAGUGGUUAGCUCACGGCAGAAGGAAACAAGUAGCACCUCAGGAAUGCGUGAGACUGUUGUAACCAGUGCACUUAUAGAACACAGAGCAAAGGAAGUAGUACCAAAACGCAUUAUUCAGAUGGAAGAAGCUAUACAAAAUCGCGAUUUUCCAACUUUUGCUCAACUGACUUGUUCUGACAGCAAUCAAUUUCAUGCAGUCUGCAUGGACACUAGCCCUCCUAUAUUCUACAUGAAUGACGCAUUUUUCAGGGUAAUUAGCUGUGUCGAGAAAUGGAACCGUGCAGAAGGAACUCCACAGGUUGCAUACACCUUCGAUGCUGGGCCAAAUGCCGUUCUGAUUGCACGUAACAGAAAGGCUGCCGCACUUAUGCUUCAGAGGCUUCUUUUCCACUUCCCUCCAAACUCAGAUACCGAUCUAGACAGCUAUGUCAUAGGUGAUAAGUCAAUUCUGAAGGAUGCUGGGAUUCAGGAUUUAAACGACGUGGAAGCAUUACCUCCUCCACCUGAAAUUAAGGACAAGGUUCCAGCUCAGAAAUGCAAAGGUGAAAUAAGCUACUUCAUCUGCACAAGACCUGGCAGAGGUCCAGUUUUGCUACCUGACGAAAGUCAGGCUCUCCUCUGCCUUGAAACUGGUUUGCCCAAGUAAAAUAGCAAAAGUUUAUUUGUGCUAAUGUUUAAGUAAUCGACACAACUCCACGAGAUCCAAGUAUUGCACCCUCUUUGCCUUAAGAAAUGGGGAUGCAAUUUUAAACUGGUUUUUUUAAGUUUGGAUAAAAUUUGAACUCAAAGCUUUUGCUUGUAGCUUAGUUUAGUUGUGUACUCUCAUCUUUGAGCAAUGCAAUAAAAGUCCUCAAAAUUUCCUCUU